AUGGAACAGUCUGCUUUGUCUCCUGGACGAGCGUUGAUGUCAGAGGGGAUGGAAGCAAAGGACCGGCUGGUGGAGGAGGUAGUGCUCCUAGCUCUAUUCCUGGUAUCCACUGCGGGCAACUCGCUAGCUCUCUUAGUGUUUUGUCGACGACCCGGGCUAAGGACUAUAUCAAAUCGGUUCGUUAUUAAUCUACUAGCGACGAAUUUGGUGACGACCUGCUUACUUGCGCCAGCACUCUUCGGCGAGCAUUCGGCGAUUGAGGAAGCUGGGUGGAUAGAAGCUGGUGACGCGGCUGCCGCUGCCUGCAGCCUGGCAGCUCUGUUGGCGGUCACUCUCAUCGCGGUGGACCAGCACCACGCAGUUACCGACCCUCUUCGCUGCCACACUCGGCUGCUGCAGCGACGCCCAGCCGCACUCUGCGCAGCAACCUGGCUCGUCGCCGCCUUCGCAGCCACUGGACGCGCCACUAUCGCCGUAUUUCGCCACUUCUACCCGCUCGAGUCUGUGAUCCAGGAAGUCGAGCUUGGGUAUUACGUGCUGUACCUAGUAGCCGGCGUCGUCGCACCAGUGACAGUAGUCUGCUUUAUGUACUCGCGGAUAUACCGCGCGGCGCGCUCGUCGGGUCUCCGAGCGCGAGCGAAUGGAGCCAGCGCUCUACAACUUCAUGAACCCCACGUGAAUUUGCCAGAUCUGAUUGAAGAAGGCGAAGGUCUCACAUUAAAAAUUGAUGGUUCAGAUAACGUUGUUGAAAAUGAUCAGAAAUUUGGGCCUUUCCUCUUACCACCGGAACGUCCCGUGCGAUGCCCUUCCGUUGCAAGUUUACGGAAUGCGCGGAAAGAGGCGAAAUCAAAUGAGGACCUUCGACGAGGUUUGCCAGCAGUGAGCUCGGCGCCAUCCCUUGCGGCGCCAUUGCUCGCAUUGCAGCCUCGCAAUCCUGCACCCUCACAUAGUGGUUCCAGGAUUACUUCGAUUCGGUGUAGAAUUUCGAACGCUUCACUUUUUCGGUAUAGGGAAGAAUCUCGUGCAGCCCGAGUUGGACUAUUAACGGGUGCGCUAGUGAUGUUGCAUGUGCCACACGCGGUGGCCGCUGUAGUGUCAGCCGCGGUGCCGGGGCUCGCGGCUGGUGCCAGGACUCCAGCGCUCGCUCUGCUGUUGCUUGCUUCAGCCGUGUCUCCGUUUUUGUUCGCGCUGCGCUCACGUCGCGUACAGCGUGAAGCCCGAAGGAUGCUGCUUCCAGAGAAGAGCGUGUGGGAUCGGACGUCGGGUGCUGCAUCAGCUGCUGCAGCUGAUGGUCAGCGCGCGCGUGCCGCAUUAGAUUUACUUAGAACUCUGACGCCUGGUGAUGGCGGAGAGAGUGGAGAAAGCGUCCCUGGUCCGGGAAACGUGUCAGAGACUGGCGUCUGCCGAAGCUCUUUCAGUUCAGGCGGCAGCACGCAACUUUCCUCCGCAUCAGAGGAG